AUGGGGAAGAGGAAGUCGGCUAGCUCCAAAGCGGCGCCACGGAAGAAGAUGGAGAAGCUAGAAACGACCUUCUGCUGCCCGUUCUGCAGCCACGCCGCCGCCGUCGAGUGCGUCAUCGACCUGGUGCAGGAGAUGGCCACGGCGUCGUGCUACGUCUGCCAGGAGAGCUACUCCACCGUGCCCGACGCGCUCACCGAGCCCAUCGACGUCUACAGCGAGUGGAUCGACGAGUGCGAGCGCGUUAACGAGGGCGUGCCUCGUCACCGCCGGCCCGUGGUCUGUAAGCUAGUAGGCUACAGAGUGACAGAGGAGGUGGCAGUAGAGCGACUACGCGAAGUCAGCGCCGAAGAUCACGUCAUCGAGGAGGACGAAGAAGAUGUCGAGGACAUGGAUUACUACAACGACUUCAGCAGCGAUGACGAAGAAGAAGAAGAAGAAGAAGAAGAAUAA